AACCCAACCUACGGACAUUGACUUUCGGACCGAAGUCUAAAACUCGUUUCAACGAAGACAAACAAUUCGGUAAGAAGAUAUGUGUGUCUGAGUUCAUGUGUGUCUGUGUCUCUGUGUUCAUGUGUGUGUCUGUAUAACUUCCAAUCCAACUAUAUGAUUGAUUGGGAACACCCAAAAGGACCUAACGCACGUGCCUUUGACCCCGUUACGACUUGAAGAAGCUUCCAAAGCUUAGCCCUAAUCUCUCUCUCUCUCUCUCUCACUAGAACUCACCAAGCUCGAUCAAUCUCAUCCCUGUGAUCGAACAAUUCAGUGAAGUUUGACUUGUUCAAUUCAAUCAGAUAGAAACAAACAGAUAUUAGGGUUUUGGAUUUGAGAAGUGGGGUAUGGGUUCUUUGAAGUUGAUGGGAUCUUUUAGAGUUUGUUGAGAAUUUGACUUUUGAUGGUAGUGAGGGAUUCAAAAAUCAAAAUGCCGGUGCAUCGGCAUCCCUCUCGAGUAGACACUAUAGAAUUGAAAUUUGAGAUUGAAAGGAAGCUUGGUCACGAGAUAUCAGAGAAAUACUUUCAUCUUUUGAACCGAUACUUGAGUCUUAAGAUUAGCAAAUCGGAGUUUGAUAAGCACUGCAUUGGUACAAUAGGGAGAGAGAACAUCUGUCUUCAUAAUCGGCUUCUCCGAGGUAUUAUAAAAAAUGCAUGUGUUGCUAAGACUCCCCCGCCAAAAGAGAGCAAAACGGGCUGUUCAUUGAAUGUUAAAGUGCCAAAUGGGUAUCAAAGAAGUAAUCUUCAGUCACUCUGUAGAGAUGUGUUUCCUCAGUCUCCACGGAAGGGAAGGACACCAAAUCUUCGUGAUCGAAAGUUUAAGGACCGUCCCAGUCCUCUUGGACCUCAUGGGAAGAUUCAUAGCAUUGGAUGUGAAGAUUCUGUUCCUAAAAUUCAGGAACAGCAAAGCGCCACCGAGAUGCUUUCUUUAGGUAGCAGACCACCUCCUGAAGUAACCUCUGUGGAAGAGGGUGAAGAAGUUGAGCAAGCUUCUGGAAUCCCAAGCACUUACUGUAGAAGCCCUGUCACAGCUCCUCUUGGCAUCUCUGUAAUUGGAAAAGGAACACGAAAAGUACUACGUAAUGGAUCAGCAACUUCCUUUUAUAUUGACUCUUGCCUCAAUAGUGGUGAGCUGCCCAAUACCAGCUCUUUAAAGACUAUAUUGGAGCAGAAGUUGGAGACAGAGAGCUUGAAAAUUUCAACGGAUUGCGUUAACCUGUUGAACAAUGGUCUGGAUGUUCACUUGAAGAGAUUGAUAAAACCAUGUUUGGAAUUAGCUAGUUCAAGGUUGGGGAAUAUGCACACAAGCGAAGUAAAUAAUCAGGUGGUAUUUGGUUUGAAUGGGAUGAGACCAAUGAGAUAUGUACAAAAACCUAACAGACCCGUUUUCGCAUCCUUGUUGGACUUUCAAGUUGCAAUGGAGUCAAACCCCAGGAGGUUUGGUGAAGAUUGGCCAGUACAACUUGAGAAGGUUUGUUUGUUUGCAUCAGAUGAAGAAUAAAUUGAAAUUGAUUGUGCAGGACUUUGGUGGGACUACACACAUGCAAUUUCAUCUCAGUGAUAAUGUGUUAAUUGUAAAUUCCGUUCUAACAGUGAUGUUGACCCCACAUUUUUAUGUGUGAUGCUGAAGGGUGUACGUGGUUAAAGCUACGGAAAAUUUUGGAUCAAGGCAAUUAGGUUGUAUAUAAUAUAAAUCUCAGUGCUGAUUAUUGCAUCAAUGGGACACAUUACGUGGUAAAGUAUAUAUGUAUUGACACUUGUAAAAAUCUAGCCACUGCAAGUAGCUCAGUGGCCUCCUUCAACUAAUAUCUGUAGUUUGUUCAUCUCAUUGACUUUUUGUUAAUAAAGUUUGUCUUUGGAGUUGCCAUACCUAGUGUUAUUGGUUUGAUAUUAAUUUGUUCCACUUUUUUUUACAGACCUUCAAUUAAAUAUUCUUGUUGAGCUGCUGUUAUAUUUUUUGUUAUCAUGUUAUUUAGAUUGAAUAAACUGUUCUUGUGAAAAAGUAAAAUGUCUCAUACUGUUUAAUUUUUAUUUAUUUUUGAUAAAUAAAUGUCUCAUAUUGUUUAAUUAGUUUUAUUAUUUUGGUCAUCUCUCUAUCUUUUGCUUCUACUUUAGCAUUUUGUUUUCCCAAUUGGUUGACAUGCCUAUCCACUACCGUGUUACUGGAAUAUGCAAUUUACUAACUUAUGUGGUAUGAGUGAUAUUAAGACAUUAAGUAUAGUGGUAAUUUUUUAGGUUUUAAUGAUAAAAUCUAAAGUGUACCACAUGAAAUUACAAUGUUGAAUAGAACUAGCUUUCAAAACUGUCAAUUUAUUUAUUCUUGGGGUGUGGUGGUACUUGGGUUAAUCGGUCUCUUUCCUUAAAAAUGAUAUUUCAGUAUUAUACAUGGAUUGAUAAAGAUGCAUAUCUAAAGGUGCCUCUCCGUGUGUGUGUAUACACAUAUAUUUUAGUGUUCUGAGUGCAAAUAUGACCUCUUUGGAUGUUCUCCUUAUUCAUUGUUCCUUUUGCAUUUAAUUGCCUCUGAGCACUUUUCUUUUUGUUUUUUUUUGGUUUUGGAGUAUGUACAUUAAGUGUUUUGAAGUUGAGAAGAAUAACUUUCUUUUUUAUUGUUGUCUUGAAGAACACUAAUGUGACUUUCAUUAAUGUUUCAGAGUGGUCAUCAAAUGCUGAACAUAGCAAUGCCGUAAUUCUAAGUGACAGCCAUGAGCUAUAGAUGAAAAUAAUUUUUUUUCUUCUUCUUGAAGUGGUGUUUGUUAUUACAUCAAAGUAGAACUCAAAUACUUGAAGGUAGAAGUCAAAAUUUGGUAUGGGAAAAAAGAAUGUCCUGUGUUGUUUGUAGUUACCUUUUUAAUAUAUAUGAUUUUCCUUUUUUUCUUGGUAAAAGAUGGAAGAAGAAUUUCUUAUGAUAUUUGUAGAUCUACUGUUGGAUUAGUUUAUUGUAUUUGUACUAAUUUACCACUCACCUUUACCUGAAUCAGCUUUGGUUUUAUAAUUCUAAAGGAAGAUACAAAAGGUCAUACCAUUACAUUAUUUAUAACAUUAAAAGUAUUAGUUAUAACACUUUUAUACGAUUUGUAGAAUAUAAAUUCUUUGCAAGUUGAUGCCUGUUUUCCAAUUUUACCUUGAUGUUCAAUAUUUUUAAGUUAAUUAUCAUUUAUCAUGCAUAAUAUGGUUAAUCAAUGAUAGAAAGUUUGAACUAUGGUGUCUCCAGAGAAGGUUUACAAAACUUGUAAAUGAGACUGCUUAUUUAAACAUUAAUAAAUAAAGACAAGACACUAAAAAUGACUGGAGAUACACGACAAAGGAGAAACAAGUAAAAGGAAUUCAUUGCAGAGUAUAAAAUCCAUACAAUUUGAUGAUUAUAGUGACUGGACUUGAUGUUCUUCAUCCAAACCGUGAAAUAUGAUUUGAGAUUGGUUCACUUAAUAUAUUAUGCGGAAAUGCAAUUUGACUCCAUCUGCUGCUUUUACCAUUUGUUGGAAUGCAAUUUGACUUUACAGUAACAUGGUUUUGUAUGCUGCAUGAUCAUUUUCAAUCCCAAUCUGCACUCUGUAGAUCAGAUCUGUUAGUGCACUUCUAACUUCACCUUUGAGCUUUCUCCUUGUUUUUUAAACAGGGAAGUGAUUUGUGCAGAGGCAAAGAAUUAUAUUUCACUUACGAGAAUCAAUAUCAAGGCUGUAAGUGUUGUCUUUAACUUCCAGUCAGCUUUCCUUUUCUUCCUUUUUAUCCUCCUUCCAGUGAAACAUGGAAAUGAAAAACUCUGUUUUGCAAUCUUUUGACCAAGAUGAUUGAGAAAGAAAUACAACUUUCCAAACUGGAAUUGCCAUAAUGAUCUCUUUGGCCUAGCUAUGUAUUAUGGUUUUCUGAGCUAAUUUACGGAAUUCUAGCACUUAAGUGGAGAUAGGUGUUUGUUUUCCACUAACAAUGAUUUGGACUCACAGGUUUCCUAUAUUUUAUCUGGUGACCAUAGUUUGAAUGUCAAGAAAAUAAAUCCUAGAACCUAUGAUGAGGAUUUGGGAAGGACACAUCCAAUAUGUACUACUCUUUUACCCUUUCAGCUAUUUCCCAAAUUUUGCAUGUUGCCAAUUGCACUUUUCAAUGCAGUGCCUGGCGAGCACACGGAUGUGCAUAUUAUUCUUUGGCAUAGGAGAUACACCCUGUGCAAAUAAAUGCUAUCUAAGGUAUUCAACUGAUUCAAGAGCAAAACAAAUGGACAACUGGGCAGAGACACGUGAAAAGAAAUUCUAUCACACAUCCUCCUAUACAUCAGUGGAAGAACUUCAUUCAAGGCCAUAAGGUAUUACAUGGGAGAAUUUUUAAUUCCUAGAGUGUACUAGACAUGUCUCCUCUCAUUUCUUUGUUGACAUUUGUGCUAUUGAUGCAUGACCAUGGUGGAAUUCAGUGCAAGAAAUCAUGAUGUCAGAUUGAGCUUCGAUACCAUAUAUACACACAUUAUACUCUUUUUUUUGUAAGGUCAAUCUUUUCUAUAUCACUUUAAAAUCAUAAUCCACCUAAAUAAUUUACAGAAAAAAUUCCUCUGCUGGGUUGAUUCCUAAAAAUGUAACUAUGGAAGUUUCACCUAUUUUUUGAAAAAGAAUGAGGGUCAUUUGGUGAUUGAAUUUUGUUAUAUUUUUGUCAUAAUAUAGUGGUACGGUCUUACUACUAGUACCAAAGUAGUUAAAACCCCAAAAGAGAAGAGUAUAUUGGGACAGAUGGCUUUUGGCUUGGGCUAGCAAUGUGAGUUGUUUUGUGGAUUGUUCCUUUUGUAGAUCUUUUGGAAUCAGUGUUAUGCUGGACACUUUUCUGGAUCUUUUUGUGGACUGUUCUUCAAUUGUAUUGGAUUAAUGUGCGCUCAGGAUUCUCUC